GCGGCCCCCGCCGUCCCGCUCCGCCGCCCUGCGCCAUGGAGGAGAGCCCUCUGCCGGGUGGGCUGCCCAGCCCCGAGGAUGCGAUGGUGACGGAGCUCUUUAGCCCCGAGAGUCCGUUCGUUUCGGAGAACAUUGGCCUGAAGGCCCCCGUGAAGCACGAGGAGGACGAGUUCCACGUCUUCAAAGAUGCGUACCUGGGCCCGGCGGACCCUAAGGAGCCUCUCCUACACGCGUUCAACCCCCCGCUGGGCGCCGACUGCAAGGCCCAGGUCAAGGCGAAGCUCGCAGCGGGCAACAGCGACGGCGGGGACCUCCUCGGGGAGUACCCCGGGAUCCCUGAGCUCAGCGCGCUGGAGGACGUUGCGCUCCUGCCGACCCCGCAGCCGCCCGCCUGCAACGUGCACUUCCUGUCCUCGCUGCUGCCCCCGCACCGCAGCCCGGCGGUGCUGCCCCUGAGCGCCUGGGUCCGGGAAGGAGCCGCCCACCCGGGCGUCCGGGUGAUCCCAGUUGAAAUCAAGGAAGCAGGUGGUACUAUUACAAGUAACAAUCCAGAAGAAGCCACUUUCCAGAAUCUUCUUGCUCAGGAAUCCUGUUGCAAGUUCCCAUCAUCCGAGGAACUAGAGGACGCCUCCUGCUGUUCUCUUAAGAAAGAUUCCAACCCAAUGGUGAUAUGCCAAUUGAAAGGGGGCACACAAAUGCUGUGUAUAGACAAUUCUGGAACAAGAGAACUAAAAGCACUCCAUUUGGUUCCUCAGUAUCAAGAUCAAAACAAUUAUCUACAGUCAGAUGUCCCUAAACCAAUGACUGCUUUAGUAGGGAGAUUUUUGCCAGCAUCAACAAAAUUAAAUCUCAUUACACAACAACUUGAGGGAGCCUUACCAUCGGUAGUCAAUGGGUCUGCUUUCCCCUCGGGAUCAACUCUUCCAGGACCACCAAAAAUAACUUUGGCUGGGUACUGCGACUGCUUCGCCAGUGGAGACUUUUGCAACAACUGCAAUUGUAAUAAUUGUUGCAAUAACUUGCAUCAUGAAAUUGAACGGUUUAAAGCCAUUAAGGCAUGUCUUGGUAGAAAUCCAGAAGCUUUCCAGCCAAAAAUUGGGAAAGGCCAAUUGGGCGAUGUCAAGCCCCGGCACAACAAAGGGUGCAACUGCAGGAGGUCGGGCUGCCUGAAGAAUUACUGCGAGUGCUAUGAGGCCAAAAUUAUGUGUUCUUCUAUUUGCAAAUGCAUUGGUUGCAAAAAUUAUGAAGAAAGCCCAGAACGAAAGACACUAAUGAGCAUGCCAAACUAUGUGCAGGCUGGAGGUUUGGAAGGCAGUCGCCAUCUGCCACCAACGAAAUUUUCAGGACUUCCAAAAUUCAGUCAGGAUAGGCGGCCUUCCUCAUGCAUCUCCUGGGAGGUGGUGGAGGCCACAUGCGCCUGCCUGCUGGCUCAGGGAGAAGAAGCCGAGAAAGAACACUGCUCCAAGUGCCUGGCAGAGCAGAUGAUCCUGGAGGAAUUUGGAAGGUGCUUAUCACAGAUUCUCCACACUGAGUUUAAAUCCAAGGGGUUGAAAAUGGAGUAGAGUACAGUAGAGUAUAAAGUGUGAAUGCGUGUUGAUUUUGUCUUAGUCUAGAAAUCUCUAGUUUAGAAAGGUUGUUUAGGGGAACGUGAAGUCGGCUCUGCAGCAACCACCAGGCUCCCCUGCGUCCCUGGGCCUGGGGAGUUUACUCAGAGCUCUCUGAAGACAUGCCAACCCGUGCCCCUUUUCUGAGGAGGUGCGUGGCCUGAGCACUGUUUGUCUGGCCCAGAGGAGAGAGCUUGGGUUCCCAUAGUCCUGGGAGAGUGUCUGCAGGGCAGUGGCGGGCAGAGCAGGGUAGGGGAGGAAGAGCAGGCCCUGUGGAGAGCAGAGCAGGGCAGGGGAGGGCAGAGUAGGCCCUGAGGAGAGCUCACUCCGGUCGACUCUUCCUCUUGGAGAAUGUUGCUCUGGAGGCUGCUCUGCAUAAAAACCCUAAUGGUUUCUUGUUUGUUUUUCAAAUUAUUUAGAAAUAAGUUCUCCAGAUAGGCUGUUAUGAUACCACUUAAAAUCUCUGGAGAACUACUGAACACCCAAAGAUUUUCUGUAGUGUAGACAUUUCCCCAGAGGCACGCAAACUGUAGUCUUUCCUAAGGCCCCCAAGAGACACAGGCAAUGGGGCCUCACAGGCCGGGCUCGCACCAGCAUGUCUUGAGUUAGCGGACUUAAAAUUAUCUAGUUUCUUCUGUGUUUCUAAUUGAAUUGUGGAAAAGCUCUAUUAUCCAAUUAACUUCUCCAUAAUUAUUGUUGUAAUAUUAUUAUUAUUUGUAAAAUAUGGUUCACAUAACUAGCUUGCGGAAACCAGCAGGUAAAAUGAAUUCUUAAGUUGACGCUUUCGGUUCUGUUGUAAAGCAAAGAUGAAUAAAAAUUUCCAAUGUCUUCAA